UCUCCAUUUUGUCGAAACACAGGAGACCCUGAUUGGAGAUAUUUUAAAGUAUCUCUGCUUUCAUUCACUUUCACCAAUAGAGGCGGGGCCGUUGAGGACAUCGACAACGAUAAUAACAAUCGUCGUGUUGUAAUACAUUCAUAGACGACAAAUCACUUGGUUUUGGAGUAAUCGUUUUGAGACAACAUGGGCAAUUGCCACACAGUUGGACCAAAUGAGGCCCUUGUGGUUUCAGGUGGUUGCUGUGGCUCUGAUGAGAAAACCUAUGUGGUAGGAGGCUGGUCCUGGGCCUGGUGGCUCAUCUCAGAUAUCCAGAGGAUGUCUCUGGAGAUUAUGACCAUCCUAUGUCGCUGUGAGAAUAUCGAAACCUCGGAGGGUGUCCCCCUGGAUGUGACAGGGGUGGCUCAGGUGAAGGUGAUGACAGACAAUGAGCUGCUGGCCUAUGCCUGUGAACAGUUUUUGGGAAAAUCUGUGAUGGAAAUCAAGAGUGUUAUUCUGCAGACCCUGGAGGGUCAUCUACGCUCUAUCCUCGGAACUCUGACAGUAGAGCAGAUCUACCAGGACAGAGAUAGAUUCGCUGCUCUGGUCCGAGAGGUGGCAGCUCCAGACGUGGGACGCAUGGGCAUCGAGAUCCUCAGCUUCACUAUCAAAGAUGUGUAUGAUAAAGUGGAGUAUCUGAGUUCCCUGGGAAAGAGUCAGACUGCUGCAGUACAGAGAGAUGCAGACAUUGGCGUAGCUGAGGCAGAGAGAGAUGCGGGAAUCAGGGAAGCAGAAUGUAAGAAAGAAAUGAUGGAUGUCAAGUUCCUAGCAGACACCAAGAUGGCUGACUCCAAACGAGGACUAGAGAUGCAGAAGGCUGCUUUUAAUCAAGAAGUCAACACGAAGAAAGCAGAAGCUCAGCUGGCUUACGAGCUGCAGGCUGCCAAGGAACAACAGAAGAUCCGUCUAGAGGAGAUCGAGAUUGAGGUGGUUCAGAGGAAGAAGCAGAUCACCAUAGAGGAGAAGGAGAUUGACCGCACAGAGAAGGAGCUGAUAGCCACAGUGAAGAGGCCGGCGGAGGCUGAGGCGUACAAAAUGCAACAGCUAGCCGAGGGACAGAAGAUGAAGAAGGUUUUGACGGCCCAGGCAGAGGCAGAGAAGAUCCGUCGCAUCGGUGAGGCUGAGGCCGGUUGCAUAGAGGCUAUAGGGAAAGCUGAGGCUGAGAAGAUGAGGCUGAAGGCUGAGGCCUACCAACAUUAUGGGGAGGCAGCCAAAACCGCUCUGGUCCUAGAGGCCCUGCCGAAGAUCGCUGGUAAGGUGGCGGCACCUCUAGCCCAGACCCAAGAUAUUGUCAUCCUGAGCGGGGACGGUAGUCGUGUGACCAGUGAGGUGAACCGGCUAUUGGCUGAGCUCCCGGUGUCCGUCAACGCCCUCACAGGGGUGGACCUGAUGAAGAUCCCUUUGCUGCAGAAGAUGACCAACCCUCAAGCAUGAGAAAACCCUUUUUGCACCCAGACUCCAAUGCAUCCGUCUUAUGCACUCUUUAAAUCAACUGCCUUCACCCAGAAACACUUGAAAACUAGGUUUUGUUUGUUAUUACAAAGAGUCUAAAUAUUUUCAUUUCCUAGACCCCUGGUGCCUUAUCUUAUAUAUAGGACCAGAUUAUCUGCAUGUAUUGCUGCUUACUAAAAAUAUACAUAUGUUUUAAUUCUAAGUGCAGUGCCUUCAGAAAGUUUUCAGCCCACUUUACUUUUUCUACAUGUUGUGGUGUUACAGCCAGAAAAUAAUAUUAAUCAUACUGUGAUUUUAUUUUUAUUUUUUUAUCUACACAAAGUAUUCCAUAAUGUUAAUGUGGUUGGAAUAAACAUUUACCCUAUACUUGUGCCCCAUACAUACAAUUACACAGAAAUGGAAAUACAGCUAAGCACAGGCAAAAUCCUGUCUACCACAUACUGUGGUAGACAAAUUCACCAUUCAACAGGACAAUAACCCAAACCGCAAGGCAUUGCUUACAAAGACAGCCCCCCCCCCUCCUUCCCCUCUCACUAUUUUUUUUUUAAUCAAAGCUUUUAUUGACAGUAGGAAACAGAGGUGGACAAAUUAAGUGGAGUUAGGUAUUGAACCCUAGUAUAAACCUAGAUAUUUUAAGACUUACUGCCGUCAAAGGUUGAUACAUGGGUAAAAUAUCUAUGUAAUAAAGAUACUGUAGUAUUUAUUUUUUAUAUAUUUGGGAGGAUUUUUAUUUCUAUGUAGAUCAAAAAUGAGAAAUCUUGAUCCCGCUUUGUAAUGCAACAAAAUCAAUCAAGGCAUUGAUUACUUUCUAAAGGCAUCAUAAUUAUCGCAUUUCUUUUGGACUAACUCUUCUUACAUCUGUGUAAUCUGAAAUGUCUUGGCAGGUCUUUACUUCUUUGUAUCAUCCUUUUUGUUCUUCUGUUCAUUGAGUUAUUUAGUAUGUGCCUUUUUACCAACUCCUUUUUGGUUGUUAAUUACAAUUAACAUAAUUAAUGGCACCCUUAAAAAGUUGUGCAUAUGAAGCUGUGUUAAAGAACCAAGUAAUAAACCAGGUAAUGGGCUAUAGUUUAUGAUUUUAUGAUAAAUUACAUGACAACACCUAAAUGUUAUACUCACAUAAUUUGUCAGAAAUAUAUCACUAAGGAUUCUUAUAAAUAGGAUAUUAAUGUUAUGUUUUUAAGUAAAUCCUAAGGAACUGUAUUUAAUGUGUUUAUUGCAUGAAACUGAGGUAACACACAGAAAAUCUGUAAUCUAACACCAUGGGAAAAGGCAAAGAGCUCACAAAUGAAAAGAGACAAAUGGUUGUUGAUACCACUUAUCACAAUUAGUGAAAUAAUGAAGAUGUUUUAAUUUACUCAUUUAAUUCCCUUGAAUCAUUGAGGAAUUACAAUGUGUUAUGGUUGUGGAAAAGGUUUAAUAUUGCUCAUUACCUAUGUUAUUUCAUACAGCCUUGUUUGCUCAACUUAAUAUUGGGUGCAAAUAAUUUUAUACAGCAUAUCUUACCCUGAUCCUCAUAUUAUCCACCAUAUUCUGCCCUAGACUCUUCUAUACAUUCUUUAUCUUUGGUAUGGGAGAGGUGUGCAUUGUUAGAUAUAGAAGACAUGUAACACAGCAUACAUAUUAACGUGUGCGGUUCUAUGUCUGUGUAAAGCCAUAUACUGUCAAGAUUAGCCUUAAUAUAGAGUCCUGCUAGCUUUCCUGAUAAUCUGGAUUACCUAAAUCUAUCUGAGCUUUAACACUUGUUCUAGUUCUUUCCUGUUAUUGGGUCAUAUGACAAUGUGCAUUUCAGUCUCUUAGGAUAGCCAAUGUUACGUAAUAUCCUGGGUCCAUUAUGUGUAGUUACAGAAUAGUUAAAAAAGGAUUUCUCUCUCAGUUUACCAGACUCCUUUGUUUCAGGAUUUUACAGGGUGCUGCUUGCCACCCUCCAUUAGGAAUGCAAUGCUGACAUAUCCUGACCAACUAAUCAUUAAUCAGGUGUCUCCACAUUCCCAAUUUGCUUUAAAUGUGAGACAUUUCAGUGUUUUGACACAUUUGAGUUGGACUACAGUUCAUUUUACAUCUGAAGUUCAUUUAAUGUUUUAGCUUUUUAGGGGAAAUCUGACCACUUUCUGAACAAGUGACCUCAAACAUGGCAUCAUUUAUGUCUAAUUGUAUUUUAUAUUUCACAGAACCAUUAACCUUCUGCCUUUUGUCAUAUCUCUGGUCUGAGGGAGUAAUGUAAAUCCUUCUGUAAUAAUGUAUUUCUUUUUUUUUGCUUUUAGUUAUGUUCUGCAUGGUAGAUUGUGUGAUACAGUACUGUAAAUCUAGAAGGGAAACUUUAUUCUUUGAUGAAAUAGCUGGUUUGAAUUGUAUGAAAUCAAAAAUGUUGGAAAGAUAAGGAUUGUUGAAAGACUAUCUAGACAAAGUAAUAUUUACAUGGUCAAAAGGUUUGUUGAACUAAAAAAGUUUUCAAUUUAUUUUAUAUCUUCUUUUUUGGAUCCUUAUUUUUAUGCUGACGUUCAUCAAAUAAAUAGAAGUAGAAUCAGAUUUAUGUAUUUGAAGAAUGUCUUUGACGACAGAACAUUGUAUUACUAACAUCAGUCUUCAUGUAUCCAUAUAUAAAAUAAAUGAUUAUUAAGCUGUAUAUUAAAACUCAAUGUGUUUGUGUGAAUAUGUCUACUUUGGAUUUAUAUUACAGAAUACUGGAAAACUGGUCCCUUGUGGAUAUUUCAGCAUGUAACACGUGAGACUCCUCUUCCAGUUUCACUGUGCUAAAAUACUGUGAUGUGCUGCCUUGUAAUAAAUCUUCUGCCACCAAA